AUGCUUAAAGACUGUCCGUUCGUCUUUUAUGAUGACUCCCAAGUGAUCAACGAAGUUACUCCAGGUGGUUUGGAAGCCUUCAAGAAAAUGAGCCCCGAGCAUCAGAAACACUAUCGAAGAACUGCUAUUCGCAAAAUUAGCGACCAUAAAUGGCAUGAGAGUGAUAUAGCUGUGUUUCACGAACUUUGCUGCAAAUACGCUGUUGCGUUCAUCUGCGUGGGAGUAUCACACGAUUUCAAGGUGGUCACGGAUGUUUGGAAUGGUUUCGAGACAAGAAAUCUUGAAAUCGCCAAUGCCAUGCUAGCAGACAAGUUUCAAUUUUCUAGCAACCAAGGCUGGCCAAAAAUCAUGCUAGUCAUGGAUGGCGAUAGAACGCUGGUUGCAGAGGACACUGGUGCACUAUUCUGGCAGAAAUGGAUUGCAAGGCAUGGGCCCGAGGCUCCCAACAACCAAUCUCUGCUCAAAUUAUUUUUCAGAUCUAACUUAAGCUACUCAUGUGCAGCGUUUCGCCAAGCCGCUCUUGUCUACAGCGAAUUGAUGGACGAAGCAGAAAAUGAUGAUAUCUGUCAAGAAGUAGCUUCGAUUGUGAACAUACACCAAGAAUUUGUGUCCUUACUGCAAUCCGUCGCAGCAGAGAAGCAUAUCGGUGCCGUAAUUAUCAGCUGUGGGCAGCAUCGUAUCUGGGAAAAGGUCUUAGAGAAAGAAGGCCUGUCCAAAUCAGUCAAGGUCAUCGUGGGAGGACGUAUCUGGGAUGGGCCUUGUGAAAUACUUGUCACAGCUGGAGCGAAAGCUGGCUUGGUCGACCGCUUGCGAUUGAGUAACAGGACGUAUCUUUGCGCUUUUGGAGAUAGCCCCAUGGACUUGGGUAUGUUAAAGGCGGCAAACAAGGCCAUAGUUGUGGUUGGCGAGGUGGGUAAGAGGAGCAAGGAAAUGGAAGCAGAGUUACUGAAUGCCAUCGAUAACGACGGCCUUCAUGCAUCCCAGUUAAUCAUUUCCCACAAUGUAUUGCCAAGACUGGAUACUCAAAAGCUUCCAUUGAUCAAGCUCACCGACCAGAAGUUCUUGGAGUUGAUUUUUAGCCGCCAUGGUCGGCAUGCAAAGCUCAAGGUCAUUCAUACAACAGAUAAGAACGCCACGAAGUCGUUGAUGACACCCACAUGCGAUGCGGCGAACAAAAGCCCCGCUCUCGGAAAGUAUCCUCGCACCAUGGGUCGCUAUCUCGCAAUUGAGCUCAUCUCUGCAGUGAUAGGCCUUGAGUCGCACGAAACUCCACAUGUUCAAGGUCAUCAGACCAUUGGCCAUCGAUUAUUGCGCGACAAUCAAACAUCGAUCUUUGCAUUAAUGCCCGGUGGAGAGCCCAUGGCCCUCGGAAUAAAUGACGUCUUUCCUGUCGCUAUGCUCCUCCACGCCAAGGAUCCUCAGGACAUCAUGCCCGAGCACCUUCAGGGCAAGAUCACUGUGGUAUUGGUAGAUUCCAUAAUCUACAAAGGCAAAACGAUUCUUGAAUUUGUGCAACACAUCCGUAGUGGAUUAAUGCUUACAAAGCCACUUUGCAGGUGA